UUCAGUUCGUGCAACCAUGUCGCAGUUGAUUUUGUGCAUUUUUAUUUUGCUCUUUUCCAAGGCAUACAUGCUUUUAAUACCUGAAGCUUACGAUGCCCGUUUGGUGUCCUUCAUCUCGUUGAGUGAAGGCGGUGUUUGGGAUGUCAGUAAAGUGCGCAUCGCAGGACGGGAGCGCAAGUUGAAUGGAUCAAUCAGCAUACUGGAAGAUCUGGACGAUGAACAGUUCUCAUUCUACGCUGAGGCAUACACCGAUCGAGAGGGUAGUGGCAGAUACAAGAAGCUUCCCUACACCAUGCCCAUGACACCCAUCUGCAAGGGCUUCAAUAUGUAUCUGCCAUACUUUGCGGACAGUGCCAAGUUCGGUGUAAACAUUGAUUUUCCCGUCGAUCAUCCGCCGUGUCCCUUGCCAAAGGGCACUUAUUAUCUAAAGGAUAUUCUGCUGAACACGUCCAAGUGGCCUUCCCUAAUGCCACGAGGUUACAUGAAGGGCGUUGCGUAUUUCUUCAAGAAUGGCGAAAAUGCCGGGGUCGUCCAGGUAACUACCCAUGUGGUGGAUCGAGAUUAGUGAGGCCCCAAAACGGAACAGGAUUCGUAUGAUCUCACUGCAGAUUUCUCACUUUUCCACAUACUAUCCCUCUCCUAAUCACCGGAAAUCCAAACGAUUGUCUAAGUUAUCUUGUAAGUCUGCGCAUGAUCUACCUAUGUUUCAAUACAGAACU